AUGUCCGACUUCGAAGAUGAAAUGGACGUCGACGUCCCCGUGUCCAAGGAUAUUACCUUCUCCUCGGACGCCAAGCAGGGCAAGCGCAGUGCCGCCAACCUCCCUGUCGAAGCCGAAGACAGUCUGCCAUGGGUUGAAAAAUAUCGCCCAGUAAGCCUCAACGACGUGUCUGGGCAUCAAGACAUUCUUUCAACAAUCAACAAGUUUGUCGACUCAAACCGCCUACCCCACCUCCUCCUCUACGGUCCCCCAGGAACCGGCAAGACCUCGACGAUUCUCGCCCUCGCCCGCCGCAUCUAUGGCGCCGAGAACAUGCGGCAGAUGGUCCUCGAGCUCAACGCAUCAGACGAUCGUGGCAUCGACGUCGUCCGCGACCAGAUCAAAACCUUUGCCUCGACAAAACAAAUAUUCACCCUCGGCCCAUCGGCCAAGUCAGGCAGCGGUGGCAGCAUGGCGUCGUACAAGCUCAUCAUCCUCGAUGAGGCUGAUGCCAUGACGAACACGGCCCAGAUGGCGUUGCGCCGCAUCAUGGAGAAGUACACCGUCAACACCCGCUUCUGCAUUAUUGCAAACUACUCGCACAAGCUAUCACCGGCGCUGCUGUCAAGAUGCACGAGGUUCCGCUUCAGUCCCUUGAAGGAGCGGGAUAUCAGGGUCUUGGUCGAUAAGGUCAUCGAGGAGGAGCAUGUCAAAAUCAUCCCCGACGCCACAGAAGCAUUGGUGAAGCUUAGCAAGGGUGACAUGAGAAGAGCGCUCAACGUGCUCCAGGCAUGCCACGCAUCAAGUACACCGCUGCAGCCCAAGAACGCACCCAAGGUGGCCGAGACCGACAUUGUGAGGGAGACUAUCUCUACCGAGACGAUAUACAGCUGUAUCGCCGCACCUCAGCCCGAUGCAGUACAGGAGAUCCUCGACGUUCUGCUGAGCACAACAGACGUAACAUCUUGCCUCAAUACUAUCAACACAUUAAAGGUGUCACGGGGCCUCGCCUUGGCAGAUAUCAUCACGGCUCUAGCGGAGCAGUUGGCGACGCUCGAGGUCAAGCCAGAAAUCAUGAUCAAAUGGCUCGACGGGCUCGCGGAUAUUGAGCACCGGGUGGCUGGCGGCGGCAGCGAAACGGUGCAGACGGGAGCUGUGGUGGGCGUCAUUCGGAGCGGAGCUGAACUCAUGAUCAAAUGA